AUGUCGUCACUGUCAUCAUUGCUGCUGUUACUUCGAGUGGCCCUGUUGAUCCACCUCAGCGGGGCUUGGACGACGACGACGACGACGACCAGCAAUAUUAUUCGUCGUCCCAGCACUAUGAUUCCGACUCGAUCCAAGAAGACGCAACUGCAAAGUGGGAUCGGAAUUGCCAAGGAUUAUACAUGGAGAGAAGAAGCCUUUGAAAUUGAAGUGACCGUCCAAGUUCCUCCCGAAACCAAAGCCAAGGAUGUUGGCUUCAAGGCCAGGGCAAAUUCCAUUGAAUUGACUUUGACUAAAAAAGUGGACGGCGGCGACGACGACAACAAGAAUGAAACAACUACUGAAAAAGUAAUACUGCUGGAUCCAACAAGAGCAUUGAGGGGAAGAAUUGUGAUUGAUGGGACAUAUUGGGUGAUUUCGGAUUCCAUCGAAGACGAGGUCAAGAAUAGUGCCGCGGCAGAAACUGAUGACGACGACGACGACGACAAAGAAUCGUCAGCGAAACAGCCUGGUCGUCAAGUCACAGUCACCAUUGAAAAGCAAAUUCAAAAAGCCAAGGAUGACUUUGACGUUGUGGAUUACGAUUGGAAUGGUGUUUACCGGGAAGAAGAAAAGGAUGAAGUUAGCUACCGCAAGUAUGACGAACCCGAAGAAAUGGAUGUCCGGGAAUAUGCGCAAAGUUUGGGAGUCGACAUUGACAAUAUUAACAUGUCCAUGGUGGACAAGUCCAUGUUUUCAUCUGGCUUGAACACGACCAGUGCCAAGUCGAACAUGGAAAGUAUGAUGGAUGCUGGAUUGAUGAAAGAAGUGACCCAACAGGGGGAUGGAUCGGAAUGGACCAUGGGCAAAGACGGUGAGCGGGUUCCCUUCAAUUCCAUGCUCAAGGACAAGGAUAAAGAUGAUAGUCUCUAUAGUGCAGAGGAUGAAGAAGGAGGAAGAGAAAAUGAUGCGAUACCCUUUCUGGACACUGAUUCUCCUUGGCACGAUGCACCGGAUGCUACUGCUGCAGAAGAGGCUGCGAAGGACGACAAGAAAAAGAACAAGGCGUUGGAGGAGAAAAAGAAACAACUGGAAAAGAAACGACAAAAAGAAGCCAUUGAUCCCAUAUCCACGCUUACCGUAGCAAGACUUCGAGAAAUUCUGCGUUCCCGAGGCUUGAAAGUCAGUGGCAACAAGAAGGAACUUCAAGACCGAUUGCGGGCAGAAGUCCAAUCCCUAGUCAAAAUGGAUACCACCGAGUAG